AUGAUUCACUCAAAACUUACAUCGUGUCAAAGUUGGCUUUCCAAUUCUUAAACCCAAAAAUUUUUCUAACGCACACGUUCAGCGUCUGCUUCGUGUUCUAACGCCAGACCUCGUCCGAUGAGGCCUCUUCCAACGAUUCUUCUGGUGAAGUUUCUCUCGUCAUGUUCAAUCCGGCAACUUCCCUCCCACUGAAGCUCACCGCCCAAAACUUCCCUUCUUGGUGUGCCCAACUCUCGUCUCUCCUAGAUGGCCUCGAUCUCACCGACUAUCUUGAUGGCACUUUUGUUGUAUCGGACGUCAUGGUCACGGUCAAUGGUGCUUCGGUUUGCUACCCUGCUUAUCUACGCUGGUAUCGUCAGGACCAGCUCCUCUUGAAUGGCAUCUUUGCCUCCGUCUCAGAAGGUGUUCUACCCUUCAUCAGUUCAUCGGCCACAUCUUAUACGGCUUGGUCGACUCUUCAAAGACUUUAUGUUGGCUCCUCUCAAUCUCGUGUCAUGACCCUUUCCGAUCGCUUGUAUGAAGAGUCGAAGGGUGAUCGCGACGACAACGCUGGACGUGGUUCGGGUCGUUCAUCGUCACCUUCCUCAUCCUUUUUUAUAUGGUUCCUGGGAUCCUUCUCGUAGCGAUGAUGAUCAUCGGUCUGCUAUAGUUAUUUGCAUGUACUGUGAGAAGCCGAGACACUCGGUCCGCAAGUGUUUCCAACUAUUCCCUAAACAAACAAACUCAAGCAAAUACCACCACCACUACUGCUUCUCCUCGGCCAUCUGCUCCAGCUGCGGAUCCUUGGCCCAUGGACUCCGUUGCCACACAUCAUGUGACUCAUGACCUUGGUAAUUUAGCUCUCUACUCCGACUAUAAUGGCCCUGACGAGGUGUAUUUCGACAAUGGUACGGGUUUGGCUAUUAUACGCAUUGGUUCUUCUUCUCUAUUGAACUCUACUCGUCGCUUGACUCUUGACGAUAUUUUGUAUGUGUCUGAUUUUCGUAAUCGCUUAAUCUCUGUUACUAAUAUUUGUCGUACUAAUCCUCUCUCGCUGGAUUUUUUUCCCAUUCAUUUGUUGUGAAGGAUCUUCAAACCCAAUUUCCUCAUCAACUUCAACUUCAAUUUCGAGUUCAGUGUGAGGGUGACCCCAAACCACAAGCCUUUUUGUUGCUUCCCUUAAAUCCCUCUCUCAAACUAGUAGUCGAAGAGUGCGAUUGAUGUUGUUGUCUAGCAGUGCUAAAGGUGCUAGGUUCCUCCGGGUCAUACACCUCUUGCACACACUUCACACAACACAAACGAUAGCCAAACAAGCAAGAUCCAAACUCAAAAUGCAAGAAAAGAAAUGUUAGAGUAAAAG